CCCGGUGCCAGCCACCUAGUACAUCUUGCACCUAUCGCUUUACACCGCGAUGUUUAGGAGAUCCAGUACGCCAAUCGACGAGGUUCGUGAUGUGCGUUAUAAUGUUCCUGGGCGGCGCAUGGGUGCAGGUGUAGGACAACGGCUACCCAACCACGAAGAAAGGGGUCGUCUAGGGCAACAACAAGGUAACCAAACCACAGGCGGUUAUCAACAUGGAAACAGGUCUAGUCAUGGAAACAGGUCCCACCAUAGCCAACGUUCUCAGUUCGUGAAUAACUCUCCUGGUUCUGGGAGUCAUGACCUGUACUCAACAAGCACGGGCGAACCUUGGUACAAAUACAAAACGAGGCCUCCUAUCACGAAUGACGAAAAGAUUAAAUCAGAGAUGUGCCGCAAUCUUCAAGAAAAUGGAAACUGUCCAUAUGGCACAGGCUGUCGCUUCGCACAUCACGAAAGUGAACUCAGAAAAAUUUUGAGACAUCCAAAACAUAAGACUCAGCUGUGCAGAGACUAUCAUGGCAACGGCCAUUGUACAUUCGGUUCCCGGUGCUCUUAUAUACACGAGCCGAAAGAGCGGACACCUUCAGAAUCUAACCAACUUAAUACAACAAACUUUGGUCUCGACAGUCUACCUACGAUGAGCGAGGUACACAGCUUCACAACUGAGAGCAUGGUUGACUUCGACGUCAAUGAAGACUAUGAUUAUGAACAGAUCUGGCGUCAACCCCUCGCACAGCUCUCAAUCUCCCUUAAUGACCUUCAGACUAUAGAAAGUAUGCCGUCGUUCCUUAUGGAACGCCUGCUAAAAGGAAUAUCCUCGGUAAUUCUGUACAACAGCAGUCCGCCUGAUUUCAUCGAUUCUUCCACGACAGAACCUGUUUCGCCAGUUAACUACAUGACAAGACGCAAGGCGAGCAUUGACGUCCUUGAAACGCCACGACGACCUCUGAGCCAGUUGGCAUGUCCGGACAGCGCGGACCCCGGCCCAGUGUCGCCUCUUCAUCAAACCCGAUGCGCCUGAGCAUGGCCUAUAUAACUGACUUCUAUUUUAUAACAUAGAAAAGCAUACAAAAUAAUGCUUGCUCGCCUGUUGUUGUCUCCGGGCGUUAUCUAUCUAACGAACACGUCCUAAAAACAUUUUAGCGCCAAAAAAGUGUUUAGUUGAUAGUUUAUUUGUAUAUUUUUAUCUGCCUAUUAGUUAUGUGCACCACUGAUUUAAACCUACCAUGGACUAUUGCGUCCACACAGACUCACCGGCUACCUCAAAAAAAUUGGUAACUGGUGUGCUACUCUUCAACGAAAUUUGAAAAUUGUAAUAAACCACUAAGACAGGGAGUAAAAACGCUCAUACGACGAGUUGUUGUUGUUGUUGCCUUAAUAUUUUAGCAACAACAAGUAGCUAUUAAUAUGACUUGUAUUUGUUAUACGCUAGUGCAGUCUAUAACUGCCCACUACAGACAUAACUUUAGCCCAUUGAAUAAGUAAAAUUAACAUGCCGCGACAAAAUGAAGAUUUCUUGGUAAAACUGGUAUUUCCGGUUUUUUUGCGAUAUUUAAACCUGUCGUAACAUAAGUGUGAGUCGAAGUGGUUGUUACUUCCAAAAAGUGAAGUAAGCGGGGCUCACUACAUGAAUUCCUGUUAAUUUACAACGCUAGCGUGCCAUGCACUCGUUGAUCGUUGGAAGCCUGCCUCGAAAGCUGGAGCAGAAUUAGCAUCCAUGAAGCUCUCCACUUCUUCGCGUAAAAAACAAUUCUAAAAAAUAACUAUUUAUUCAUAGCGUGUUUCUUCACGGCAUUGUUAGUUUGUUGUUUAUG